UAUGGAUGUCAACUAAAAUAGAAAAUAUUUCAAAGUUGGAAACAGAAAAGCACAACAGCAGAGUCUUUUUGAAAUUGUAACAAGAACUACAUCUUAAGAGGAAGAUUUGAAUGAUUUAGGCAGCCAACUUCUGAAAAAAAUGUGCUUAAAUGAAGAUGAGUCUUAUUUUACUCAAGAAAUUCUAUACACUGAUCCUUGUGAACCUGAUACAAACUUUGAUGAUAAAUUCUUACUCCAUUAAGAAGUCACUUUUAACCCUCAAUAGUAUUUAAACAAUGAACAAUAGAUUAUGGGAUGAUAUAUUUAAUUAAAAUGAAUGAUUUUAUUUAACGAAUAGAGAGAGA